UGAGUAUUUAAUUAGUCAACAACACGCCCCAAAUAUAUAAACACAAUCAGACACUUAUUGGUUUAAUUAAAAGAAAAGUGUCAAACAUGAGCGCAAAAUAUUUCAUUCCUCUGACGGUGCUUCUCACGUUUGCAAGUGCAGCUAAUGGCUUGAAUUGUUACGUUUGCUCCGGCUCGCCAACAAGUGACUGCGCGAAGGGGGUGGAAAGCUCGAUGGGGUUGCGAGACUGUCACACGCCCAGAAUACCGUUUUACGUGUUGGAGAAUGACCUGGACGAGGAUGGUGGACGUUUGCAGUCCGUCUGUUUGAAAUUUACGUUGACAAAUUAUGAUCCGAAUUUGGUGGUGAGGAAUUGUGGAAUAUUCCGCCAAGGGGUUGAUCCGUGCAACUUUUUGAAGAGGAAGCUGCGCCUCAAAAGUUGUACAUCCUGCAGCGAGGAUAAGUGCAAUUUACGUAACGAGGAGGAAAUCAUCUCCGUGUUUCAUACAAGAACAAGAUAACUUAUUAACAGUGACCUUUGCUUGAUUAAAAUUAUUAUAAAAAUAAACAUUUUGCCAUU